GAUCAUGUGACGUCGUGUGUGACUGAAGGACGGAACUAUACAGGUCCACUGCGGCGGAGAGAGAUUCUCGCACCUUGCACUUAUUAACGCCUGACAGUAGCAAGCAUUCGUCGAUAUUGUCAAUAUGUCAGCUUUAAGAGGAAGUGCCAGACUUUUCAGCCGUGCCAGGCCUUUACUUAAUCGCAGUUUAUCUACACAGACAGCAGCUCAUGUGAGCCGCUCCCUGAAGCCCCUGAUCCUGGGUUCUGCCCUCGUUGGCUAUGGGGUUUAUAAGUACAUGAACACUGAACAAACUGUCGGCCUGUUCCCAGCAGUCAGUGCUGCUAGUGUUCCCGAGAGCCAGCCAUCGGUAUAUUCACAAGGCAAAAACCAUGCCCUGUACUUAUGGAUCUAUGUGAAGCCUGAGGCCAACGCAAAGGAGGUCGCUAAAGCUGUGGCCAAGCUGCAGAAAUAUGUGGAUCAGGUGACUGACCCAAAGAUGAGGGAUGAGGAAGAUGAAAUCUGGGCCGGGGUCGGAUUUGGACCCAACUUCUAUAAACAGAUUGGGGGAAAACCCAAGGAGGAUUACAAUUACCCCCACCGCAAAGGAAACCUGGGAGAAAUGCCCAGCUCAGGAGGAGAUGUGUUUAUCCAUGCCAAGUGUAACACCCCCAGCAAGCUGUUUGAGCUGGCCCAGGUUGUGAUGAAAAACAUGCCUGCCAACAGCGUGGAGUCCUUCGAAGAUGUGUACAGCUUCGUCUACAAGAACGGCAGGGAUCUCUCCGGCUUCAUCGAUGGGACUGAGAAUGCUGCAGAUGAGGAAUCCAGACAGAACAUUGCUGUGGACAAAGAAACUGGAGGCAGUUAUGUGAUUACCCAAAAGUGGAUUCAUGACCUCCAGGUGAUUGACAAAGAAAAAGACAAGACUCUGGAAUCCUGGGUAGGAAGAAGUCGUCCAGAUAGUACGGAGCUGAGUCGUAAAUCUAUCACAUCACACGUUGCCAGAAUGACUGGAGGAAACAGUUGGCAGCAGGCCAAGCCAGUUGAGAUCGUUCGCCAGUCCAUGCCCUUCGGAUCUCUGAGCUCAGAGGCCGGUCUGUUCUUCAUCGGAUACGCUGCCUCCCCAAUAAAUUUCGAGUUCAUGCUGGACCGCAUGGUUGGAGCACGAGAUGAUAGCAACUGUGAUGACAUCAUGAGGCUGUCCAAGAAUAUCAAGGGAACUUACUGGUACUUCCCCGGUGCGGACGAACUGAAGAAAUUCGCUUGAAGUGCUCAUUUGACUUACAAUCAAAUUUUAUAAGAGUCUUUAAAUCAUUGUAUAUUUUUUCUGAUGACCACGCAACGUAUCAUAGCCAUCUACCAGUGUCAAACUGAUAUACAUGUAUACUUAUUUGCACAGCACAGUUUAUACUGGUGCAUAUCACUUCAUUAUUAUAGAAACAAAAAACCAGUAAUAAAGUGUUUUGUAAAUUCUUGCUA